UAGUGUGUGUUUUGCACGGUGAUAAAACUGUUUUGCAUACCAGCGAACCGUCUUACGUACCCUUCGAAGUGCAUUUGAGUUAAAAUGUAUGCAUCGUUAGUUAGUCUUCACAAAUACUUAAUUAAAUUGCUUGUAGCAGUCCAAUACACAUCUCAAGAUGAGAACAGCUGUGAGUGUGUUGUUGGUGGUGGCGGCGUCGUCGGCGGUGCACGUGGGCUACGUGGCGCCGGUGGCCAGCGGGUACAUCUACCGCAGCGACAACAACGGGCCGGCGAGCCUCAUCCAGCUGGGCGCGGUGCCCUACCAGCAGCCGCACGCCUUCGCGCCCCCGUUACCCAUAGCUCAACCCCCAAAGCUCGAGGCUUUCGAAGCGUACGAUCUUGCUCCCGCGCCGUUACCUUACAUAGCCGCGGAACCCAUAGUUGAGGUUGACGCUGGUGCCGAAGAUGAAGAUGACGACGAUGAUGAUGACGACUCCUCUGAAGAAUAUCUGGAUCACGGUCACGGUUACGAAAAGAAGGGUGGCAAUGACUAUGGAGCGGAACACCAUGAAGUGCACGGCGAAAAGGGAAGCAAAGGAUAUAGCUCCAAGGAUCAUCACGCUGAUGGAGAAUCUGGUCACUACGGUAAGGAGCACAACGAAGGUUUCUACAAGGAAAGCGAAGGCAAAGUGAACCAUCACCACGACGAUGCGGACGCCCACGGCAAGCACCACGAAGCUGGAGGCAGUUACAAGGGCGGCAACCACGGCCACAAGAAACAUCACAGUAAAGGAGAAGAAGUGACUGGAUACCACAAAGUGUUCCACAAGGACGAGUUCAAGAAGGACCACGACUUCUAUGAUGUAGCCGACAAUAGCGGUCAUUUCAAGAAGUACGGCCAUGAACAUGAGAAGCACGGGUCGCAAGAAGGCGCGGAGAAGGAGGGUGGUCACCAUGACUCGGCUUUCAAGAAGGGUGAGUUUGGCAAGGCCGGCCAUCAUGCUAAAGGUCAUUCUGAUGAGAGCGACGACGGCGUAUCCUCAGAGGAGGGCCAUGAGAGCCACUACAGCCAAGAAGAAGACUACGGCAAGAAGGGAGGAAGCAGUCAAGAGAAGGAAUACGAGUACGAAGACGACGAUGAUGAAGAUUGAAUGCUCAAACUCUAAUUAUUGUGUUUAUUUGUUAACUUUUUAACUUACUUUUCUCUAGUUUGUUAUGUUU